AUGUUAAAAACAACUCUGAUAAAAAAAAUAAUGUUAAAAAAAACUCUGAUAAACUCUCCAAAACGUCGCCGCUGCUCAUCCGUCUCCGCCGUUGGUAACGUCGCGAAUAGAUCGAUCAUGGUUUCUGUUUCCCUCCCGAAAGAACUCAUCCUCGAGAUAUUGUCAAGAUUGCCUGCAAAGUCAGUUAAAAGGUUUCAUUGUGUGUCGAAGCAAUGGUCAUCAAUGCUUAGUCGUCCACAUUUCACAGAGUUGUUCCUGACCAGGUCCUCCUCUGCUCAGCCGCGUCUCUUAUUCGCCAUCGAAAAACGUAAUCAGUGGAGCUUCUUCUCGUUGCCUCAGCAUCUGACUCCAUAUGAGAAGUCUUCGUCGUUGUCUCUUGUAGUAACCCCUGAAUUUCACAUGAAGUUCCCUCCAGAUGGUAUGCAGAUCUAUCCUCGUCAUGACCGACGGUUUUCAUGUGGCUAUGCCUCUGGUUUGAUGUAUUUCUAUGGUAUGUGGAUCAACGAGAGGGCUUAUGAUGGAGUGCCUGUGAUAUGUAACCCUAUAACAGGACGGUAUGCGACCUUACCGUUUCUGGAAAGGUACAGAAAGGCGUUUAGCUUUUUCGGGUUUGAUCCGAUUGACAAGCAGUACAAGGUGUUGUUCAUGGCUUACCCAUCUGGUCCUGAUCCUCAUAGAGUUCUGACAUUUGGAGCUGGUGAAAUGAGUUGGAGAAAGAUAGACUGUUCAGUAAGACAUGACAUCGCCAGUGAUGGGAUAUGCAUCGAUGGAGUUGUGUAUUACGUAGGUGAUACAUCUGAGUUUAUGACUGCUUUUGUGGUAGUUUGUUUUGAUGUUAGGUCUGAGACAUUCAGCUUCAUUUACCCAGGAAGCUAUUGUGAAGUGAUAAACUACAAGGGAAAGUUAGGUUUGAUUUUUUAUGAUGAUUACGCUGAUGAUGCUAUUGAGUUGCGUCUGUGGGUUCUAGAGGACAAGGAGAAAAUGGAGUGGUCAAAGUAUGCCUACAAGUUGAGGGAUGAUAAAUUCUUGGCUAAUUACGUUUCCAUUGUUGGAGUGAGUGCUGCGGGUGAGAUUGUUCUGUCAAUGGCUGAUUAUAUGUCUAAACAACAGUUUUAUGUGUUCUACUUCAAUCCCGAAAGGAACACACUCCAAUGUGUUGAAAUUCAAGGCUUUGAAGAAUACCAUGGAGUGUUCGACAAGCGUAGCAGAGUCCGCGUCUUUGUAGAUGAUUGCAGUAGUUUCUACCGUUUUGCAGACCAUGUUGAGUAUCUAAAUGUUGACGAACCGAAGCUGCUGAAGUCAAAAAUCUAUGAUGGUCCAAAUGCGAAGGUAGAAGAAGAAGAGGAAGAAGAAGAAGAAGAAGAAGAAGAAGAAGAAGAAGAAGAAGAAGAGGAUGAAGAUGAAGAUGAAGAUGAAGAUGAAGAUGAAGAUGAAGAAGAAGAAGAUGAAGAUGAAGAUGAAGAAGAAGAAUAAGAUCAAUUGAGUUAGGGUAAAAGCAAUGGGCAUGUCUUUUGGUGCUUAUCUAUGAGGUUACGUUCUUUAGUUGUGUAAUAAGUGAAGUUUUUGUCUGGUAAAUCCCAUCUCUCUUAAGUACUAAAUCGCUGAUUCUAGAGUUUACUGUGUCUUGUAGCAGAUUGCAGUAAAUCAGUUUUGCCAAAUACUGUCGAUUUCUUUGUUUGGUUAAAGUAGAAUGUUACCAAUAA